CGGGGGGGGAGGCGCUGCAGCCCGUCGGUCGCCGCGCGGGCCAGUCGCGGGGAGGAUGGCGGCGGCGACGACGGCGGCGCUCUUCGGGCUGCUGCUGCCGCUGCUGGCGCCCGCCGCGCUGGCGGCUCCGGGCUGGGCCGUGCCGGCGGACGUGCGCGGCGACUCGGUGCGGGAGGCGGCCCGCUUCGCCCUGGCCGAGGCUUUCCCCGAAGGGCAUCCCCGCGGACUCUGGGCGCUGCGCGGGGCCAGGACGCAGGUGGUGAAUGGAGUCAAACACUACUUGGAGGUUGUCCUGCUCCAGAGUCCGUGCAGGAGGGGUGAGAUUGCGGACUGCGGCAGCGCUUCGGGGUCUCUCCCUCUGGGAAAACCAGAACAUGUGUCCUGCCACUUCGAGGUUUGGAGCCAGCCCUGGGCGAGCAGCAAGAAUCUGCUUAAGCAAGACUGUCAUCCCACCGAACCAUUGGCUGAAAUCCAGGCAGCCUCACUGGGUCCGUGGGAGACGUUUCCGCUGAACGGCCCUUUUGUGGACGUGGCUGAGGCAUCUUUGAGGCAGGAGGAGUCCCUCCAGAACGCCUCUGCCCGCCUGGUCUCCCUCUUCAAGGACUUUCUGAUCACCUACAGGAAGAGCUACCUGGACGAAAGAGAGAUCCAAAAGCGCUUCCAGAUCUUUGCUGAGAACCUGGAGAGGGCCCGUCUGUAUCAGGAGCUGGACCAGGGCACUGCAGAAUACGGAGUCACCAAAUUUAGCGACCUGACAGAGGAAGAGUUCCAUUCCACGUACCUGAAUCCGUUGCUGGCGAAGCUACCAGGCCGGCCAAUGAAAAUGGCCUCCAUCCCGAACGGCUCCUUCCCUGAGGAAUGGGACUGGCGGGACCAUGGGGCUGUCACAGAGGUCAAAAACCAGGGCGACUGUGGCUCGUGCUGGGCCUUUUCUGUAACGGGCAACAUCGAAGGACAGUGGUACCUUCGCAAGGGCACUUUGCUCUCCCUCUCUGAACAAGAGCUGGUAGACUGUGAUGUUAUCGACAAAGCCUGCGGAGGUGGCCUGCCUUCUAAUGCUUACGAGGCUAUUGAGAAGCUGGGUGGCCUGGAGACCGAGGGAGAUUACAGAUACCGAGGUUUUGAGCAGAACUGCGGCUUCUCCAGGCAGAAAGUGGCUGCUUACAUCAACAGCAGCCUGGGCGUCUCCCACGACGAGAGCGAGAUUGCAGCCUGGCUGGCCAAGAACGGUCCCAUCUCCAUUGCUCUGAACGCCUUUGCUAUGCAGUUCUACCGCAAAGGCAUUUCCCACCCUUUCUUCGUGCUCUGUAAUCCCUGGAUGAUCGACCACGCGGUCCUUUUGGUGGGCUAUGGCACACGUGGCCAAAUUCCCUUCUGGGCGAUCAAGAACAGCUGGGGCCAAGACUGGGGAGAGAAGGGCUACUACUACUUGUACCGAGGGAGCCACGCCUGUGGCAUGAACACCAUGUGCAGCUCCGCAGUCAUAAUUUAGCCAGCUUCGUUUUCUCUGUCGCCUCCCUAGUGCUGAUGCUGGCAUCUGGGCAGCGUCUGCCAAGGAGUCCCACCAGGCCUUUUAGAGACUGGCACCUGCCCCUCCCCCCCAUGGAAAGCAACAGCCCAGAGAACUGGAGCUUCAUCCCACCGGGACAGGGGUGUCAAACUGCCGGACCACCGGACGGUUGCAUCAUGCAGAGGCUGCGCCUACCCCAGCUCCGGCAAUGCAAAAAAAGUUGCGAUAUAUCGCAACACAUCACGUGACACGGCGAGUUUGACACCACGCACUAGGAUCACCUUACGGGUCCAGAAUCAGCGACUAUGUACCUGUUGGUAUGUGUGUGUGUGUGUGUGUGUGUGGAAUACACAUUUGCUCCUCUCCAUGAAUCAGCCUUUCGCUUCCUCUGUCUCUUCCACCAACUCAUUUUUCAAUUAUUUUUUUCCUUGUGGGCUGCAGACCUGCAAGAUCCUAAGUUUGCUUUGUUUUAACUUUGAUUAAUAUAUAUAUUUUUUUUGCGGGUACAAAACCCACCAGGCAAUUAUGGUUCUGUGUAUUGUUUGAGCCCAGGAUUGAAAAUGUAGCUAGUCCUCAACGACCACAAUUGGGAACUGAGUUUUCGUUGCUAAGUUACACAAGUGUUAAGCGAGUCAUGUCUGAUUUUACUAGCUUUUUGCCCAUGGCUGUUAAGCAAAACACUAUAGUUGUUAAAUGAAUCACAUGGUCAUUAAAUGAAUCCAGCUUCCCCCCCUUAACUUUGCUGGUUGAAAGGUCGCAGAUGGCGAUCACGUGACGCUAGGUUGCGGCAACCAUGUUGAACAUUUGCCAGAUGCCAAGGACCCAAAAUUUGAUCACGUGACCAUGGGGAUGCUGUGAUGUAAGACACUUUUUUCAGUGCUUUGAGUAGUUCACACACAAAUCACUGUAAGUCGAGGGCUACCCAUAGCUAAACAUAGAGUUCCUGCAAGUCGAGAUGGGUGGCAAGCAAAUCUGUUAAAUAAAUACAUAAAAAUAUUAUAUCAGUGCAACCAUUUGGAACUCAGAGGGAACCGAUCCUUAAAGUUCCAGCCCCGCCAAUUAUUUUUCAUUAAGUUUUCAGAUGAUAGGCCUGCUUCCAUGCAGGAAGGCGACGUAAUAAGUUAUGGAGGGCAGAGUAAAUUUUGUUCUCGGUCAGUUACAGGGGAGAGUCCUGACUUGAGAACUUCUACCAGAAGUAUAGCGGUGUCCAUAGUGUGCUAGUUGAAUGUGUGGUCUGACUUCUUGUAAUUUUAACUUAAAACAAAUCUGUAUUAGAAGGAUGUUCUGAGAAAUUCCUCUUCCUUGCGAGAGCCCCUUUGAGGGACUUUGUCAGUAGUGAGCAUCAGUAUUCUUUUCUUGGACUUGAAACCCAAUAAAAUGCACUUGUAACAAAAA